UGUAUUACAUCGGGAAAACCAAAUAUUGCCUGAUGCAAUCCAUAUGUAAAUAUUUGGGUGACAUUAAAAUUCUCGAUGGAAAGUCGGUUUACUUUGGUAUAUUACUGGUGAUUAUUUGGAAUUUUGGACAACUACACAACAUGAAUAUGAUUGGAAACAGCCACUGUUAUCGAAGAUCAAUUAAACUUGCGAAUUCGCUAAAAUGCAUUGGACUAAACGAGCAGGAUAUUUUCUUCCGCCGAAAGAUGUGUUUGUUACUUGAAAAAUGGGUUGCUACUUUAAUACAAUGUUGUGGAUUCAAGUCUUAUGUAUUUAUCUUUGGAAGUCAAUCCGAAGGGACUACGACUAUUGGUCUAAACUCGGACAUGGAUUUCCUAGAAGCCUUUCCGUUCUCAUCAUUCUGCCAAAAUGCAGACCAUAUGCAUUCCGAGGAUCCCUUGAAGUUAUUUAGAAACCCUGAAACACACACGCAACAUUACUAUCUCCAAGUUCAAUGUGAAUGCAAGCAAGUCAUAGAGCAAUAUAACCUGAAGGAUAUCGAUGAAAAAUGUGCGUUUGGUAUGUUGAACACUGGGGAAAUAGUAUUGAGGAGUGAUUAUACAUUAUAUGGUACGUUUAUAAUCAAUGAACUUUUCAGGUCUGGAAUUUUAAAUUUUUAUGGACCUGCAGUUACCAAUAAUUUCAAUGCAAAAACGAAAGAGGCGAAAGGACCAGAGAAAAACAUCCACAUUGUACAUACUGAUCCAUUGAACACCUCACAUGAUCAUGUAUCGGCAUUCUGUGUUUGUCGUGAAAUGCCAGAAAUUCAGAGGUUCAUUAGUCGAGAAAGGAAUGGUAACUGGCCAACAGCUAAGCUUCUGGAAGCUGCGAGGCAUUGUACAAACUUUCUUGUUCCAACAGGUUACAAUACGAUAGAUGAACAUUUUGUGCAAUGGAGACUUUCCCCCAAUUUAAUUGAUCGUCUUCUGAUGUUUAGUCUUAAUUGUACACAGAUACAAUGUUAUGUGAUGUUGAAAAUGAUCAACAAAUCAAUAUUCUACGCAAAAGUUACAAAAGGGUUGACAAGUUUUCACUGCAAAACAAUUUUGUUCUUCACAGUAAAGAGCAUCCCCACAGUAUUCUGGAAAGACUGUAACUUAUGGUCACUAAUUGUUAUAUGUUUGUGUACUUUGAAACGUUUUCUGAAAAGCUACGUACUACCACAUUUUAUUAUACAUGGCGUCAAUUUGCUAGAAGGGAAGCUGACCUUUUUAGAAUGUAAACUUUUAUAUAUAUAUGUAUCAAAAAUGAUCCAACAGAAUCUGACGCAAAUCUACAACAUUCGUACAGACCAACUGAAAAGCAGAUUGAGAGAACUACGUUGUCCACCAGAACGUCUUUCAGCGAACAAGGUUUACAUGGUUUUGAAAUUAUGAUAUGCUCACGCACUUCGUUUGCUGUAGCUUUGUUAACACAUUUUGCCAACGACUCAUCCAUUCAGAAGCUAGCAACAGCACUGAAGAAACUUUUAGAAUAUAACAAAACUUAUGAUAAAACUGAUAGGCAAUUGACAGAUGGAAUGGCACAACACAUGUGCUUGGACAUUGCGACGACUUUGUCAUCAAUAUAUACACGUGCAGGAAAAAGUCUAAACGAGUCUAUAUUUGCGCCUAUAUUUGCGUGUUAUCAAGCCGCUUUGUGUAUUGAUGUAACGUCGUGUCGUUUAAAGAUGGCAUCGAUGCUCAACUCCAGAGGUAAUAUGCAGGCAGCGAUGGUGUUAUUAGAAGAUGUCGAACGUCUAUAUACACAUAGAAUAGUAGAUGUGUGUCAGUGCCCCGAAUGUCCAGAAUGUGACUACAUACAAACUAAGACAGCAACACCAGGUAAAUACAGUUCAUCAUUAUGUGUGAUCUUCUCGAAAGAAGAUGUGUUCUGUAUGCCUCCAUUUAUAGUGAAAGAAUAUUGCACUGCAAUGUUUGAAAACAAUGACACUGAUAAAUAUGUUGACAAACGGAACCGGGAAUCAUAUGCAUUUGGUGCUCGUCCGCUUUUGUAUUAUUUGCAAUAUCUUACUUACGGAGCUCUAAAACUAAGGAAUAAACAGAAAGCAGCUUUAACAAAUUUAGUACAAACUCUUGAUUUUGAUGAAAUGGAUUAUUAUAGUGAUGGCGACGUUGUUUUUGGAGAUGAGGACAGCGACGAUUCUGAUGAGGAGGAAUAUGGCGAAAGUUAUGAGGACGAAGCCGACGAUUUCGGGGAUGAUGUAGAUUAUGAUGGGGACAAUGAUAGUAUUUCCAAUGUCGAUACAUGUGAUGAAUUCGACUAUGGCCAAGAUGACUAUUAUAGUGAUGACACAUAUGACGAAAGUAAUGGGGAAGGUUACGACGUUUUUAGGGAUGAUUACGCUUAUGAUGGUGACAAUGAAAGUAGCAGUAACGAAGACGAAUUUCAGAGAGAAUACAUUGUUCAUCAUUCUGAUAAAGCAAUAAACUUACUUGGUCAUUGCUUUGAAAUGGAAGGUAACGUUGAAUCAGCAAUGCAUGCAUAUUGUUGUUCGUAUAACAAAUAUCCGGAGCACAUUGGUGCUAGAGUUCAUAUUCGAAGACUUAUCCAUGCUGAAUUACUGGGUGUCGUUCAUCGUUAUGAUCCGGGACAUGACUUCAGUUAGAAACUAUUCAGGAAUAAUAUUUAUAUAGAUUAUUAAAGAUAUGCUAUUUUAUGAUAUGCUUGAACGCUGUGGUUUUAAAACAAUUUUUUCAUACUUUGAAUUGAAGCCAAGUGUUUGAAAAGCCUUGUCGACUGAACAUGAAUAAAUGCAUGCUUAAACAAUAUUCGCUUUUAUGAACGAUAACGACAUCGAAUUCUUUGGAAAAUUUCGUUUGUAAGAUAAACAUUUAGUUUUAUAUUCUACAAUUCAUGGUUCAAAUGAAAUAUAACGUUAUGUAGGCUAGUGAACGUAUUCGAUUUGCUCCAUUGGAAUCACGCGCUAUCACGUGUACAGAAACAUUGCUCUUCGAGAAAAGUGUAUGUACGUGCAUGUUUCUUUGGAAAAUUUCGUUUGUAAGAUAAACAUUUAGUUUUAUAUUCUACAAUUCUUGGUUCAAAUGAAAUAUAACGUUAUGUAGGCUAGUGAACGUAUUCGAUUUGCUCCAGUGGAAUCACGCGCUAUCACGUGUACAGAAACAUUGCUCUUCGAGAAAAGUGUAUGUACGUGCAUGUUUCUUUGGAAAAUUUCGUUUGUAAGAUAAACAUUUAGUUUUAUAUUCUACAAUUCAUGGUUCAAAUGAAUAUAACGUUAUGUAGGCUAGUGAACGUAUUCGAUUUGCUCCAGUGGAAUCACGCGCUAUCACGUGUUCAGAAACAUUGCUCUUCGAGAAAACAGUAUGUACGUGCAUGUUGAUAUUUAUGGGGUUAUUUCUUGCCUAGGGCUGAAUUCUGUGAACACCAGAAGUGCGGAAUAGCACUCUCAUUUAAUAAACUCGCUGGACUUACGACUACCUUUGUGUGUACUGAAAGGUAUUCAUUUGUAUUCAAUUCAAAAUAGUGUGGGCCGUAGUACCCAUAGGAAACCAAUGUGUUCGCAAUGGUUACCAAUAAAAAAGCUCAAAUACGCCGGAUGCAAUGAUUAAACGUCAGUAUUUGAAUCACGUUUACCAUCCACUGCGAUAAAGUAACCGCUUACUUACACAAACUUCAUUUAUUCACCGAUUCUUUUGUUACUAAGGUUUAAUAAGAUGCAAUGUAUGCAUAUUUGUGUGUUUGUGGUUUCGGACUUUAAGAAAUAAGCUUUGAUAUGUUAGCAAUGGUGUGUUUGUGUUUAUAUUGAUGACCUUAUGUUUUCAUAUUCGCAAGCAUUGUGUCAAUUUUAAUAACGAAGCGUGUGUUAGUACUCAAAGUUAAAAAAAUACUGGUAAAGAAAGUUAUAAAAACAUCGUGUAUUUGGGAACUACUCAUUAUGUCUGAAGUAUUGUGUCUGUUUCGUGAACUUUAAUUGUAUUUAACAUUUUAUUUUAUGCUUUCCGGUAGUUUAUAGAGAAAUAUUAGUGAAAUAAAACUGGUAUUCCACUGUUUUAACCAAUGAAAAAAACAGUGAAAAAUAUCGAUAUUUGUCACUGUUUUACUGUGAAAUGACGUCAUUUUUUCAACGAAAUGACGUCAUAAAUCCAGCGGAAAUUUCCAGUUUAACACAUUUACAGUGUAAAUAAACGGUGAAAAAAGCAUAAAAUAAAAAGAAAAUUUGUUGGAUUCGAUGGAAUAUCGAUUUUAUUUACUCGAGAUCAUAGAAAAUAUAUUUUUUCACUCGUGGCUGCGCCACUCGUGAAAAUAUUGUUUUCUAUGAUCACUCGUGAAAUAAAAUCGAUAUUCCACCGAAUCCAACAAAUAUCCUCUAUAUAUGUUAUGUUCAGGUUUUGUUUAAAUGCAAUAUAUUUGUUACAAUACAAAACACUACUGUAUCCUAAUGUUUAUUUACAGUAUCUUUUCAAGAGCGUCACAUUCGAAAGUUUAUUUCAGGAUAGAAAAUAUAAAUUAGUGCCACCAGCUGU